AGAUCACCAGUCCUGGUUCAAGCAUUGGUCCAGCCAACUGGGGUUCUCUGGUUCGUAAGAGUGCUCUUCUGUGGAUCUCCCAGUGGCACCUAUCUUCCCCCUUUGUUUGCCAUAUCAGUACAACCCACCCUACUCCCACAGUGGCAGUUUUGUUUCAGGUUCUCUCCCAACCCCCAAGGUGACAUAUAGCAUGAUUUGGGUUGAGACACGAGUGCUAUAGUCACAUAUGUUUAGUGUGAUCUCCAUAAUCUUCAUGAGCAUAUUCAGGAGUGUCAACUUUAAUAUACAUUUUGCAGAUAAUGAGGCAAAAGUUAUUUAUUGGACGUGAUGGCCCCGAAAACAGAGAGCUAACAGGCUUCACUAGUUGCACCAGAGCAGAACCAUCCUUUCUCCACAGGGCUCCCUCCUCCAGCCGCAUCCUCUCCCAUGUGCUAUUCCUCCCACAUGGGUCAAGUGCUUGCCUUACCAGUUCCUUGAGCACAAAGCCUGCAUUAUCCAGACUCCACAUUAUCCACGCUGUGACUACGGUUUCAUUUCAAGGUACUUGUGAGUGUUUGAGACAUUUCUUGGAAAGGCUCAGAGGGCCUCCACGCCCCUUCCCCUUUAUCUCUACCAAGCUUCAUCUCUUGCCAUCGUUCAUGAUUCCCUCAGGCUGCUUCUCUCAGUCUUUGUUUUGGAGAGUUACAAGUAGUCUCCUGCAAGGACCUAGCACAAGGGGUAGCUUUAUUUACAAAAACAAGUGGAUUUAAUCAGACAAGCCAAUAAUAAUUAACCAAUCAGUUGGACAUUGAACCUUUCUCUGGUAUUGAUGGUAAGAGGGUGGUUCCCGAGCAGUUACUCGUUGUAUCAUCCUUGACUUCUGAGCUGUCUACUAACUCCUUGAACAAUGAGACAGCAGAAUCCUUGCAGUCAGCCUACCGUCCCCUUUUACCUACUUCUCCCCAAGAGCACUCAUGAUAAAGCAAAUCCAGUUCCAGCCUUAGAGUAGCACCAUCCCCACCUGCCCCCACACCUCCACUUUCCUAAGCAGCAGCGUGAUGAUUUAGUGGCAGUUGCCUGCCUCAGGAAUGGUCCUCUGGCUGUCUCAGAUGUUGGGGGUUGCCUUAGAAUGAAGAUUCAAAGUCUCUUUUGGGCUUUGUGGUCAGCCAGCUGCCAUAACAUGCAGACAACACAGAGGUAUGGGAAAGGGAGAAGUAAAAAGAAGAGCUGGGAGAGUCUCCAGGCUCUGCAGGCCAGAGGAAGUUGGUAAAAGGAACCCAGAUCCCGGAGACUCAGAAAGACCACUGCAGCAUGCAGUCAGCUCAGCUGUCAGAUGCUGCAAGUUCCCAGGCCUGGACCACUGCUGGUGUCCUGGGCCUCCUUGCUGGGUGGCACAUGAGAAAAAGGGUACGGUCUUCUUUGGCUUCUCAGCCUUUGCUGGACUUUUUGGCAGCAUUCAGCAGGCUUGUUCUGGCAGGAGAGGUCUGUUGCACUAAAGUAGUGUCUUUAGUGGGUCCAUAAGAGUUUGUCUCUGUUGGUGUGCACUGAUGAAGGCUGUGGUUUCUGAGCGAUGGCUGUGGUGUCCUGCAGUGACUCUGUGACAGUGGCUUCCCUGCAUCUCCCCUUUGAUCUCUUUCUUGGGUCUUCCUCUCCUCCCUUCCCCAGAGCCCAUGCAGUUUCCAAAGCCCUUUUGGUCACUGCUUUGGUCUGUGGUGUUGUGCAAUAGCACCAAGUUAACAAUUAACUGUGUGUCAUCAGGCAUUUUGUCCCAACACCACUUGAGGGUGUGUGGGGACUUUUGUCCCAAGCAUCCACCCAGGACUCACAGCCAGGCAGAGCGAGGGGAAGGAGCUGUUGUCUCUUCUCCCCUGAGCCAUGUCGGCAGCCCUGGAGGAGUUCUGUGGCUCCGUCUUUUGGAACGCCUCCUACCUCACUCGUCCAGAUGCCGACCUGCCCAUGUGCUUCCAGCAGACUGUGCUGGUCUGGGUCCCCCUUGGCUUCUUCUGGAUUUUGGCUCCAUGGCAGCUCCUGCCCAUGUGCAAAUCCAGAGCCAAGAAAUCAUCUGUGACCAAACUCUACAUCAUCAAACAGGUGCUGGCUGCCUUGCUGAUGCUGACGGCAGUGGCGGAGUUGGCCCUGGCGUUUGUAGAGGACACAGACCAGGCCCCCCUGCCAGCUGUCCAGUACACAAACCCCAGCCUGUACAUUGGCACCUGGCUCCUGGUCCUGCUGAUCCAUGAUGCACGACGCUUCUGCUUGCGCAGAGACUCGGGGAUACUUUUCUGCUUCUGGACACUGUCCCUGCUCUGUGGGAUAUUGCCAUUCCAGUCACUCCUCCGGAGAGCCCUGCAGGUGCCAAUCUCUGACGUGCCACGGUUUGUCCUUUUCUUCAUCUCCUACGGGCUCCAGCUGCUGCUUUUUCUUGUCUCGGGCUUCUCAGAUGUUGCCCCAGAAACAAAGGAAAUCACGAAGAAGAACCCAGAGGUGACAGCCUCCUUCCUGAGCUCCAUCACCUUUGAAUGGUACACCAGCAUGGUUUUCAAGGGCUAUCGCAAACCCUUGGAGAUAGAGGAUAUCUGGGAAUUGAAAGGUAAAGACAAGACGCAGGCUAUUUAUGCUGUUUUGGAGAAGAACAUGAAGACUGCGGUGAGGAAGGCCCAAGCAGAACUGGAGAAACGUAAACGCAAGAAAAGACACCGGGAAGGUGACCCAGACCAUGGGAACAACAUAAGCAAGGCCCAGAGCCAAGACAUCCUGGUGCUGGAGGAAAAGCAGCCAAAGAGGAAGAAGAAGGGAGACAAAGGGGACUCUGGCCCUCGCAAGGAUUUCCCCCGGGGCUGGUUGGUGAAAACCCUGUGCAAGACCUUCUGGCAGAACCUCCUGCUAUCAGUGGCUUUCAAGCUGGUGCAUGAUGGACUUUUGUUCGUCAGCCCCCAGCUGCUGAAGCUGCUGAUCACCUUUGUGUCGGAUGAGGAGUCCUUUGCCUGGCAAGGCUAUCUGUAUGCCAUCCUGCUCUUCCUGACAGCACUGAUCCAGUCCCUCUGCCUGCAGCAGUAUUUCAGCUUGUGCUUCCACCUUGGCAUAAAUGUGCGUGCCAGUCUCAUUGCUGCCAUCUACAAGAAGGCACUCACCAUGUCCAGUGCCACCCGCAAGGAGUCCACGGUGGGAGAGACUGUGAAUCUGAUGUCAGCUGAUGCCCAGAGGUUCAUGGACACGGCCAACUUUGUUCACCAGCUGUGGUCAUCCCCCCUGCAAAUUAUCCUGUCCAUUGUCUUCCUCUGGAGAGAGCUGGGCCCCUCUGUUCUGGCUGGCAUCGCAGUUAUUGUGCUGCUCAUCCCCAUAAAUGGGUUCCUGGUUGCCAAGGCCAAAACCAUCCAGGUGAGGAACAUGAAGAACAAGGAUGAACGCAUGAAAAUAAUGAGUGAAAUCCUCAAUGGAAUCAAGAUCCUGAAGCUUUUUGCCUGGGAGCCCUCAUUUGAGAAGCGAGUCAAUGAGGUCCGGGCACGUGAGCUCAAGGACUUGGUGAACUUCAGUUACCUGCAGUCAAUCUCUAUCUUCCUGUUCACGUGUGCCCCCUUCCUGGUCUCCUUGGCCAGCUUUGCUGUUUACGUGCUGGUGGAUGAGAACAACAUCCUGGAUGCACAGAAAGCCUUUACUGCCAUCUCCCUUUUCAACGUGCUGCGCUUCCCCAUGGCCAUGCUGCCCUUGGUCCUUUCUUCCUUGGUGCAGACCAAUGUGUCGACUGCGAGGCUGGAGUGCUACCUGGGCAGAGAAGACCUGGACACCUCGGCUAUCCACCACAACCCCAUUGCAGGCAGCGCUGUGCGUUUCUCGGAGGCCACCUUUGCCUGGGAGCAGGACGGCAAUGCUGCGAUAAGAGAUGUCACCCUGGACAUCGUACCUGGGAGCCUGGUGGCCGUGGUGGGGGCUGUGGGCUCAGGCAAAUCUUCACUGGUGUCAGCCAUGCUCGGGGAGAUGGAGAGUAUCAAGGGACACAUCAACAUCCAGGGCUCCCUGGCCUAUGUACCCCAGCAGGCCUGGAUCCAGAACGCCACACUGAAAGACAACAUCCUUUUUGGGUCAGAACUGGAUGAAGCCAGGUAUCAGCAGGUCAUCAAGGCCUGCGCCCUCCUUCCAGACCUGGAACUGCUGCCUGCGGGUGACCAGACAGAGAUUGGAGAGAAGGGCAUUAACCUGAGCGGGGGCCAGAAGCAGCGAGUCAGCCUGGCCCGGGCAGUGUACAGCAACGCAGACAUCUACGUCCUGGAUGACCCCCUGUCUGCUGUGGAUGCUCAUGUCGGCAAGUACCUCUUCGAGCAUGUGCUGGGGCCAAAAGGGCUGCUGCAAAAGAAGACACGGAUCUUGGUGACGCACAGUAUCAGCUUCCUGCCCCAGGUCGAUAACAUCGUGGUGCUGGUGGCAGGAGCAGUGUCUGAGCACGGCUCCUACAGCACCCUGCUUGCAAACAGGGGGGCCUUUGCCCAGUUCCUGAACUUGUACGGCAGCCAGGAGGAGGAUGCUUCAGAGAAGAAUACCACAGCUGUUGCUUUAGCUGGGGAUGAAGAGCAGGGUGAUGAAGACAUUGAGCCUUGUGUGGAGGAGGGUCCUGAUGAUGUGGUGACCAUGACCCUGAAGCGCGACGCCAGCAUCCGUCAGAGAGAGUUCAGUCGCAGCCUUAGUAAAAGCAGCACCAAUUCCUGGAAGAAGGCCCAGGAGGAGCCCCCCAAGAAGCUGAAAGGCCAGCAACUGAUUGAGAAAGAAGCUGUGGAAACCGGCAAGGUGAAGUUCUCCAUGUACCUGCGGUACCUGCAUGCCGUUGGCUUGUGGUAUUCUUUCUGGGUUGCCAUGGGCUACGUUGGACAGUACGUCGCCUUCGUGGGGACUAACCUGUGGCUCAGUGCCUGGACUGACGAUGCGCAGCGCUACCUGAACCAGACCUAUCCCACAGAGCAGCGGGACCUGCGGAUCGGUGUCUUUGGGGCACUGGGGGUGUCACAAGCUCUCUUCCUGCUCUUUGCAACCAUCCUGUCUGCUCGUGGUGCCAUGCGAGCCUCCCGGGUUAUGCAUCGGCAACUGCUCAGCAACAUCCUGCGUGUGCCCAUGAGCUUUUUUGACACGACCCCGACUGGCCGCAUUGUGAAUAGGUUUGCCAAGGACAUCUUCACGAUAGAUGAGACCAUUCCCAUGUCCUUCCGCAGCUGGCUCUCCUGUUUCAUGGCCAUCAUUAGCACAUUACUCAUGAUCUCCCUGGCCACCCCAUUCUUCGCUCUUGUUAUCAUUCCCUUGAGCAUCUUCUACUAUUUUGUGCUGCGCUUCUAUGUCUCCACGUCACGCCAGCUAAGGCGUCUGGACUCUGUAACUAGGUCUCCCAUCUACUCCCACUUUGGCGAGACAGUGUCAGGGCUUUCUGUGAUCCGCGCCUUUGGACACCAAGAACGAUUCCUGCAGCAGAAUGAGAGCACUAUGGACAUCAAUCAGAAAAGUGUUUACUCCUGGAUAGUCUCAAAUAGGUGGCUGGCCAUCCGUCUGGAGUUCGUUGGGAGCCUGGUGGUCUUCUUCUCUGCGCUUCUAGCUGUGAUUUCAAAGGGCACUUUGGAGGGCGGCAUCGUGGGUCUUUCUAUCUCCUCUGCCCUCAAUGUGACCCAGACACUGAACUGGCUGGUGCGGACGUCUUCAGAGCUGGAGACAAACAUUGUGGCUGUGGAGCGGGUACAUGAGUACACGAAGGUGAAGAACGAGGCUCCGUGGGUGACAGAAAAGCGUCCACCCCAUGGCUGGCCCAGCAAAGGUGAGAUCCAGUUUGUUGACUACAAAGUUCGUUACCGACCUGAACUGGAGCUGGUUCUUCAGGGGAUCACCUGCAAUAUUGGGAGCACUGAGAAGGUUGGGGUUGUGGGACGGACUGGGGCUGGAAAAUCCUCCCUCACCAACUGCCUCUUCCGGGUGCUGGAGGCCGCUGGAGGGACGAUCAUCAUCGACGAGGUGGAUAUAGCAACGAUCGGCCUCCAUGACCUGCGCCAGAACCUCACCAUCAUCCCUCAGGACCCUGUGCUCUUUUCUGGCACCCUGCGGAUGAACCUGGACCCCUUUGACCAGUACACGGAUGAGGAGGUCUGGAAGGCCCUUGAGCUGGCCCACCUGAAGACAUUUGUGCAAGACCUUCCCGAGGGGCUGCUGCAUCUUGUGAGCGAGGCGGGGGAGAACCUGAGUGUUGGGCAGAGGCAGCUGGUGUGCCUGGCCCGGGCCCUCCUUCGCAAAGCCAAGAUCCUCAUCCUGGAUGAAGCGACAGCAGCCGUAGAUCUGGAAACUGAUCAUUUAAUCCAGACAACGAUCCGGAGUGAGUUUGCUGACUGCACUGUCCUUACUAUUGCCCACCGCCUCCAUACCAUCAUGGACAGCAACAGGGUGAUGGUGCUGCAGGCUGGGAGGAUUGUGGAAUACGACAGCCCUGAGGAGCUGCUCAAGAAGCACGGUGUCUUCUCCGCAAUGGCAAAGGACGCUGGCAUCAUGAAUAUAGAAACCACUGUGCUGUAGGUGGAACAGACCAGUGUGCGGGUGUGUGCGUUGGCAGCUCCCUCCCACUGGCACUCGCCAAGCAGGCAGCAGCUUCUCCCUGCUGCUGGACUGCCCAGGAAUUUCUCUCUGCAGCUGAGAA